AGUAAAAAUUGGAAGCUCAGCUCUCAGGGAAAAAGGAAAAUCAUUAAAUUUUUUACGCUGUGCAUCUCUUUGCAGGUGAUCAAAACAAGCCUUUACUCUCUGCUUGGCCAAGCCAUGUUGUUCCUCAGGGACAUCAUGUGGAAUUUCAGUGUGACUAUCAUAGUGACUAUGACACACUCAAGUUGUACAAAGAACAUGGUAAUCCUAUUCCUCAGAUGCAUGGAAGCUCAUCCACAGGGAAAUUUGUCUUGGGUCCUGUGACACCAGCAUAUGCAGGAACAUACAGAUGCUAUGGUUUUAAUUAUCAAUCCCCUGAUGAAACUUCAGCACACAGUGACCCUCUGAAGAUCAUAAUUUCAGUUCACAUAAAAAAGGAACAAUCAAGGACUCUCUCCAGACUUUCUGCUGAAAAUCGUCUUGGGAGGUCCCAGGCUAACUUCAAAAUAGGUCCUGUGACACCUGACCAUGCUGGGACUUACACAUGCUAUGGUUCUUACAAUCCCUCACCAUAUGAGUGGUCAGACUCUAGUGACCCCAUUGACAUAAAGAUCACAGGUUUAUAUAAGAAACCUUCUCUGUCAGCCCUGAUGAGCCCUGUGGUGAUGUCAGGAGAGAAUGUGACAUUGUCCUGCAUCUCUGACCAUCAGUUUGACAUGUUCCACCUGUCCAGGGAAGGGGUGCCUCUGGGACAGGGGCUGCCUGCAAUGCAGAGUCACAACAGGACAUUCCAAGCCAACUUCCUUCUUGGUCCUGUAAUCUGGAAAGGCAACUAUAGAUGCUAUGGCUCUUUCAGUAACUCUUCCCAUGUGUGGUCAUCCCCAAGUGACCCAUGGUACCUUCCUGUCACAGAUAACCACUGGAACCUGCAUAUUCUGAUUGGGUUGUCAGUGACCAUGAUCCUUGUUGUCCUCAUCAUCAUCAUCCUCAACUGUUAUUGUUGUUCUGGCAUAAAAAGAAAGUCUCAGGAACAAGCUAGUGAACGUCAUCUGAGUAGUGUGAGAAACCAACACCAGAGAAAUACAGCCAUCAUGGACCAAGACUCUGAAGUGAGAGCAACACUGAACAGACAGGACCCUGAAAGACAAGAAGUGCAGGAGGUGACAUACUUAAAAUUUGAUCAGAUGAUCUUCAAACAAAUAUUGGCCACUCCCAAUUCCCAGAUUCAUAAGGAAUUUUCUACUAAUCCCAGUUUGUACUUGGAAGUCAGAAAAUGAUAAAUUGAAAUCAAAGAUUGUCUGUACCCCCAUGAGUUCUCCAAGAUCUGAGGAAGUUUUCUGUGGAGUCCACAGCCCUUUCUCCAGUAAAGACUGAUAGAUGUAGUGAAAUAACAGCUGAAAUCUGAGACAGAGGUCUCUAACUUUGGGACCAUCCUUCAUUAUUCUCAUAUGUUUUUCAAGGUGGAUUUCCUUUACUUACAAAGUUUAUGGCCCUC